AUGCCAGUUCGAAAGCCAGCACGGCAAAUGGAAGAGGCUCUCAACGAUCUUCCACCUUCUUCACCAAGACACCUCUUUAUCCAACUGUAUCAAGUCAAACCAAGUACAAAUAUCCUCCUCUCCCCCGAGCCCUUGCGCCCUACACCUCAUCACACAAUAAAAUACUCAUCCUGCACCCUCCCCGAACUCCGCCACUUCGCCAAAUCCCGCAACCUCACCGUCACAACAGCUCGCAGCAAGCGCCUAGGAGCCACCGAGCAAGACUACAUCAAAGCCCUAGAGCAGGACGACCUAUGCCCAGCCAGCCCCUUCCGCUUUCUAGACUUACCCCCGGAGCUGAAGAGUCGUGUCUACAGCGCCUCACUCGACAAUGGAGAUAUUUCCACAGCUUGCCCGAACAUUCUCGGAGUUUGUCGGCAGAUACAUGAUGAAGCUUGUGGGAUUCCGUUCAGUGCGAAUGAGUUCAAGCUUGUUGUGGUUGGGUCGACGGUUCAGAUAGGGGGAUUGAAGUACGGCAUCUCUACUGCCCAGCACCCUGAAGCAGUCAUGGAGAUCCAAUGGCCAGACGUUCUACGGAAGGUUGAGAACAUGACGCUGGCCUUCGCCUAUCCACGACCCGGGCCGGCGACAUACAUCUGGUUGACCUCCUCAAUCCCGCCUGACUCAGCCUGCAGACACCGACACGUCCUCCUCGCGUCCAGGGCCAACCAUGCGUUGUUCUCACUAUGCUCAUUCCUAUCCCGCGGGAACAGGCCGAAGAAGAUAACCAUCGACCUAGACACCCUUCUGCAACUCACAGUGACCUCCGAGCCCUUUGAUAGCUGCUCCUGUGUUCAGGCAGUCUUCCAGCCUUUGCGACUCUUGGGCUCCGUCACGGGCGACAAGAUCGUGAUCGAACGUACGGAGGCCGACACGCUCGUUCAAGCUGUCAAGAAGUUGUGGGGUGAACCAGUCUGGACGCACGCCAUCCACAAUACCCUCCCGGACAGCUUCAAGAUUAUUAAAGAAGCACGAGCCGCCGUAGAGUAUGACUUCGCAGCGAAUGCGUCUCCCCAAGAGAAAAACAGCGGAAGUGAACCUCGGCGAUACUUUCUGCUGUACUUCCGCGCGGAUGACAAGCUUGCCAACAUCACCAAGCGUCUCGACGAAAUCCAGAGCCUGUUCGGCCACGCUAAGUUCAUCGAUCGCGCGAUAGAGCAAUCGUUGUCAAGCAUGCUCGACGGGCUUCGAAGACAACUUGAUCAGGUCAGUGUAGAGGGGCUUCAGAAGGCGAUAAGCAAAUCUGUGGAGAGCAAGAGACGGCGAAUUGCUAAGAUGUUGGAGGAGAGGAGAGGCAACGGCAGAAGGAGAGGGAGAGUCGGAUGA